CCUCCCGUGUCGUGGACGCGCACACUUAGCAGCUCAAUAUUCGAGAAAUACAGCCAGCCUGGCUUUGCAUCAUCCAACUGAUACCACAUCAGCGUCUCAUAUACAUCCAACGCGUUUCUUUCUCAUCGGCACAUUGAUGCAUUUUCCUACACGUUCACCCUAGCGGUCGAGCGGUUGGAUUUUGCUCGUAUUUCCCACCCGUGCGUGUCCCGAGGCUGAUCCACGCUAUAAGAUGGCUGAGCUAAAUUUGGGGAAGGGGUUGACUGCGGGAAAAGUGGCCAGCAACGUUCAGAAGAAGCUAACCAGAGCUCAAGAGAAGGUUUUACAGAAACUUGGAAAAGCAGAUGAAACCAAAGAUGUUGCUUUUGAAGAGGGAGUCAUAAACUUCAACAAGCAAUAUGCUGAAGGGAGCAAACUCCAGCGGGACCUCAGAGCAUACCUGGAGGCUGUGAAAGCCAUGCAUGAGUCCUCGAAGAACGUACAAGCAUGCUUGGCUGACAUGUAUGAGCCCGACUGGUAUGGCAAGAAUGAAGUUGAUUCCAUCGUGGAGGAUUGCGAUGUGCUUUGGACUGACUACCAUCAGAAGUUGGUUGAUCAUGCUCUCAUUUCCAUGGAUACCUAUUUGGGACAGUUUCCUGAUAUUAAAGCUCGUAUUGCCAAGAGGGACAGAAAAUUGGUUGAUUAUGACAGUGCCAGACACAACUACGCUACCACACAUAAGACUAAGAAAAAAGACGGUGGCAUUAAAAUCACCAAGCCGUCAUCUCUGUUGGAGAGGGCAACCCCUGGCUGGGCUCAAGGGAUUCUGUCCGCACACAAUGUUGCACAGAGUAGCUUGUCUAGAAGCCAGGCCGAGGAAGAGUUGGAGCGAGCCCAGAAGGUGUUUGAAGAGAUCAAUAUCGACUUACAGGAGGAGUUACCUUCGCUCUGGAACAGUCGUGUUGGGUUUUACGUCAGCACCUUCCAGAGUUUGGCUGGUUUUGAGGAAAAGUUUCACAAGGAAAUUAGUCGAUUGGAUCAGGAUUUAUAUGAUGUCUUGGUGAAGCUCGAACAGACAGACACAAGCAGAAAGACAGGUAACCGCAGCGCCUUAUCGUCAGGAGCAAACAGGAGUGGAAACGAUGAGCCCAACCAUACUCUCAAGCCAGGAGGACCGCCGCCAAUUCCAAAAUCCCCAUCCAAGCUCAAACCAGCAGUGCCUCCCCCACCCAAGGUGACCCCAUCCAAAGAGAUGAAAGCAGAAAAUAUCAUCAGCCUGUUUGAUUCUGCAGCAACUCCUGAUAUUAGUGUCACCUCCCCUACAGAGCCAGCAAACUGGGACUCCUGGCCAGAGGAUGGUGAUGCCCAAGAAGAGCCCACCAAGAUGCCCUAUGACCCUGUGGCGGCUGCUGCCGAAGCCUGGGGUGAUGAUGAUACGCCGCCUGCCCGCUAUGACCCAAUAGCCGCAGCCACAGAGGGCUGGGGGGACGACGGCACCCAGGCGGUUCACUAUAAUGCCAACGAAAGCUGGGGUGAUGAUGGAACACAGCUUGCAUACGAGGAACCCGAGGCUGAAGCCCAGGAGACUCCGGUCGAGAACGAGAACCAGGUGGACGAGAACGCCGCAAGUCCUACCGAGGCUUCGGUUGAUGCAUGUGAAGAAGAAGCUCCUCCUUCUGCAACUAAUGAAGAGGAUCAGGGUGAGUCUGAAACAACUCCGGAAGCAGCUCCUGAAGCAGAAGGAAUGGAAGCAGCAGAGGAAACAACAACUGAUAAUACACCUGCAGAAAAUGAAGAACCCACAGCAACAAAGCCAGAGUCACCUGACAUGCCCCCUGGCUUCCUGUUUAAAGUCCAGGUGAUGCAUGAUUAUGCUGCAAACGACACGGACGAACUUGAAAUGAAAGCAGGGGACGUGGUGCUAGUAAUAACCUUUGAAAACCCAGAUGAGCAGGAUGAUGGCUGGCUGAUGGGAAUAAAUGAAAACGACUGGAAGCAGAAAAAAGAAAACAGCACCAAAGGAGUAUUCCCUGAAAACUUCACCCAGAGGCUGUGAAAAUUUUAUCAUCAUGCCAAGUUAUUUCCUUCAUCCCUUUUCCUCUAUCGUCGCACUCCAUGU